CGCUACAAAACGUGCAGCAAUCAUGACUGCCCGCCGGACGCCGAGGACUUCCGCGCCCAGCAGUGCUCGGCCUACAACGACGUGCCGUACCAGGGCCGCCACUACGAGUGGCUGCCGCGCAGCGACGACGCCGCCGCCCCCUGCGCGCUCCGCUGCCGCGCGCGCGGCCAGGCGCUGGUGGCCGAGCUGGCGCCCAAGGUGCUGGACGGCACGCGCUGCCGCCGCGGCGCCCUGGACAUGUGCAUCAGCGGCGCCUGCCAGGCAGUGGGCUGUGACCGGCAGCUGGGGAGCCGCGCCAAGGAGGACAACUGCGGGGUGUGCGGGGGCAACGGCUCCACCUGCAGGCUGGUGCGGGGACAGACCAAGCUGCACGUGUCGCCCGAGAAAAGGGAGGAGACUGCGAUCGCCGUACCCCUGGGCAGCCGGAGCGUGAGGAUCACCGGGAAGGGGCCUGCGCACCUCUUCAUCGAGUCCCGGACCCUCCAGGGGAGCAGAGGCGAGCACAGCUUCACCCGCCCCGGCGUCUUCGUCGUAGAAAACACCACCGUGGAGGUGCAGGGCGGGCCCGGCAGGCAGGCCUUCCGGAUCCCCGGGCCCCUGGCGGCCGACUUCAUCUUCAAGGCCCGGUUCACGGAGGCCGGGGACAGCGCCGCCCAGUUCCUCUUCUACCAGCCCAUCAGCCACCAGUGGCGGCAGACGGACUUCUUCCCCUGCACCGUCACCUGCGGAGGAGGCUACCAGCUGAACUCGGCCGAGUGCGUGGACACGCGCCUGAGGAGGGUGGUCCCCGACCACUACUGCCACUACUACCCCGAGAACGUGAAGCCCAAGCCCAAGCUGAAGGAGUGCGGCAUGGGCCCCUGCCCCGCCAGCGACGGCUUUAAGGAGAUCAGGCCCUACGACCACUUCCAGCCCCUCCCUCGCUGGGAACAUAACCCGUGGACGGCGUGCUCGGCGUCGUGCGGGGGCGGCACGCAGCGCCGCAGCUCCGUGUGCGUGGAGGAGUCGCUGCACGGCGAGAUCCUGCAGGUGGAGGAGUGGAAGUGCAUGUACGCGCCGCGGCCCCAGGUCAUGCAGGCCUGCAACCUCUUCCACUGCCCCGCCUGGGUGGCCAUGGCCUGGUCCCAGUGCACGGUGACCUGCGGCCGGGGGCUGCGCUACCGGGUCGUGCUGUGCAUCAACCACCAGGGGCAGCACGUGGGCGGCUGCAACCCGCAGCUGAAGCUGCACAUCAAGGAGGAGUGCCUGGUCCCCGUCCCCUGCUACAAACCCAGAGAAAGAAGCCCCGUGGAGGCGAAGCUGCCGUGGCUGAAGCAAGCCCGGGAGCUGGGGGAGCCCAGGGGGCCCACAGAUCAACCCAUGUUCGUCCCGGAGCCCUGGUCCCCCUGCAGCGCCCUCUGCGGGCCGGGCGUGCAGGUGCGGGAGGUCCGGUGCCGCGUGCUGCUCAGCUUCGCGGGGACGGAGACGGAGCUGCCCCCGGGGGAGUGCGAGGGCCCCCCGCCGCCCGCCCGGCGGCCCUGCCUGCUGCGGGCCUGUGCCCCCGGGGCCCCCGCCGCCCCGGCCCCGGGCACAGCCCUGCCCACCUUCCACUGGGAGUACGCCGGCUUCACGCCCUGCACCGCCACCUGCCUGGGAGGCCACCAGGAGGCCAUCGCAGUGUGUCUGCACUCGCAGACCCGGCAGACGGUCAACGACUCGCUGUGUGACUCGGUGCACCGGCCUCCCGCCAUGAGCCAGGCGUGUAACACGGAGCCCUGCCCGCCCAGGUGGCGCACGGGCCCCUGGGGGCCCUGCUCGGCGACCUGCGGCGUGGGCAUCCAGACGCGGGACGUGCACUGCCUGCACCCCGGGGACGCGCCCGCCCCGGCCGAGGCGUGCGGGGCCGACCGGCCCCACGCCCUGCAGGCCUGCAACCAGUUCGACUGCCCUCCCGGCUGGCACAUCGAGGACUGGCAGCAGUGCCCCCGGACGUGCGGAGGGGGCGCCCAGCACCGGAGGGUCACCUGCCGGCAGCUGCUGACGGACGGCAGCUCCCUGGGCCUGUCCGACGCGCUGUGCCAGGGCCCCCGGCCGGCAUCCCGUAAGUCCUGCGCCAGGACCGACUGCCCCCCGCACCUCUCCGUGGGCGACUGGUCCGAGUGCUCCGUCAGCUGCGGUGCAGGGACCCAGCGGAGGAAGCAGGUGUGCCAGCGGCUGACGGCCAAGGGCAGGCGGGUGCCCGUCAGCGCGGCCCUGUGCCGGGAGCUGCUUCCGGCGCCGCCCCUGGUGCAGCCCUGCCAGAUGCCGGCGUGCAGCAAGCGGAGAGGAGAGACGAAGGGUCCCCAGAUCCUGGCCGCCCGGCGCGUGUACAUCCAGACGCGGGAGGAGAAGCGCGUGCACCUGACGGUGGGCGGCCGCGCCUACCUGCUGCCCAACGCGUCGGCAGCGGCGUCGGUGGUGAUCCGGUGCCCGGUGCGCCGGUUCCCGAAGGCGCGGGUCCGGUGGGAGAAGGACGGCCGCCGCCUGCAGCCCUCCUCCCAGCGCCGCCGCUGGGCCGUCACCAAGGCGGGGUCCCUGAAGAUCCACGGCCUGGCGGCCCCCGAGGACGCCGGCGUGUACAGCUGCGUGGCCGGCCCCGCGCGGGAGACCCUGGUGCUCAAGUUCAUCGGCGCCGGCAACCGGCUACUCAGGGGCCCGGGGCCCGGGGAGCGCGCGGCGACGCACGAGCACGAGCGCGCGGCGUCGACGCAGGUGUCGCAGGCGUCGCAGGAGCGCGCGGCCGCGGCGUCUACGCAGGAGCGCGCGGCGUCUACGCAGGAGCGCGCGGCGUCUACGCAGGAGCGCGCGGCGUCUACGCAGGAGCGCGCGGCGUCGCAGGCGCAGGAGCGCGCGGCGUCGCAGGCGCAGGAGCGCGCGGCGUCGCAGGCGCAGGAGCGCGCGGCGUCGCAGGCGCAGGAGCGCGCGGCGUCGCAGGCGCAGGAGCGCGCGGCGUCGCAGGCGCAGGAGCGCGCGGCGUCGCAGGCGCAGGAGCGCGCGGCGUCUACGCACGAGCGCGCCGCGACGUCGCAGGAGCGCGCAUGGGGACCCCCCGCCGCCGCUACCGCGGGCCCCGGCCGGUCCCCCGAUCCUUUGGGGUCCACGCGGCAGACCCUGAGGCGGGUGUGGAAGAAGCAGCGCCAUGAGCUGCUGGAGGCGGGCGGCGCCGAGGGCGGCCCGGGGCGCCAUCCUCAGCCGCUCCUCUGCGCCCUGCUGGGCCGCUGCCACCACCCCGGGGCCUGGGGCGAGCGGACAGGGCAGCCGUCGGAAGCCGCCGAGAAACGGGGCGCCUACAGCCUGGACACGGCCCCCCGGUUCGACGACGACGAGUUGAUCGGGAACCUGAGCCGGCUGGUGGGCGGCCCCCUGGCGUCCCCGGUCAUCGCCCACCGGCUGGAGGCCGAGCUCGCCAAGGCGCAGCCCCCGGAGGAGGAGGAGGAGGAGGAGGAGGCGCAGGGGAGAGGGGACCCCCCCGCGGGCCGUGCGCCCCAAAGCCCCGGGGGCACAGACGCGAGCAGGCCGGCGCUCAAGUCCACGAAGAAGGGACCGGAGCUGGUCCAGGCGACCGUCGGGAGCGCCGUGUACAUCACCAACCGGACGGCGGCCGUCCGCCUGCGGUGCGGGCUGGGCGGCGGCGGCAAGGGGGCGGUGGCCUACGUCUGGACCAAGGACGGGAGGCCGCUGCAGCCUUCGGAGAAGAUCGUUCUGUCCGGAGGCGGGGUGCUGCAGAUACGGAACCCCACGAGGAGAGACCAAGGGCUGUACGGGUGCUCCGUGGCCAGCCCCCUCGGUUCCGACGCGGGGAGCACCCAUACAUACCCCGUGCUGUUUGCAGAGGCGCCGGUCAUCUUGGUGGCGGGGAGCAACGUCAGCUGGCGGGACCCCGGCCCGCUGUCUGUCGUGGUCGGGGGCACCGUGAGGGCACUCCUGGGAACCAACGUGACCAUCCAGUGUCCCGUCCGAGGCGCGCCCCGGCCCGCGGCGAGCUGGGAGAAGCGGGGCGGGCCGCUGGGGGGCAGCGCCUCGGUCCUCCCCGACGGGUCCCUGUGGCUGCGAAGCGUCUCCCGGCAGGACAGAGGCACCUACGUCUGCCGGGCCGCCAGCGCCCUGGGCAAGGCCGCGGCCGCCUCCGUCCUGCACCUGCUGGAGCCGGCGUGGAGACUGGGGAACUGGACGCCGUGUCGCGCGGCCUGCGGCCGCCCAGGAACCCGUGUCCGGAGGCUCCGGUGCGUGGCCGGCGGGCAGGAUGUGAGCGCGGCCCUGUGCCGGCACCUCCCAAGGCCGCCUGCCCGCCCCCAGCCCUGUCCCCGCCGGGACUGCCCCCCCAGGUGGUUCGCCAGCCCAUGGUCCGAGUGCUCCGCCUCCUGCGGGGCGGGCUCCCGCGUCCGGCGGGUGACGUGCCAGCGCCCCCGCGAGGCCGAGGCUGGCGGCGCGGCCGGGGAGCUGCCCCCUGGAGCCUGCGACCCCGACGACCGGCCUCCGGGGAGAAGCCCAUGUUCCGGCCGCCCGUGCACCGCGGAGCUGGCGGGCCAGUGUCCCCGACGCUGCCUGGGCGGCCCCGUGAGGACACAGCCGCGUCCCGGCCUCUGUCCACACAACAGCUCCGACCCCCGCUGUGAAGACAGGAGGCCCGCCUCCGGGAGGAACUGCUCGGCCGCCGUGGCGGGGGCGGCGGGGGCCUGUGCCGCCUGCUGGCGCCCCGGCCCCUGGCGGCCCUGCUCGGCGGCCUGCGGCCCGGGCGUCCAGGCCCGCCGGGUGGACUGUGUGCACGCCAGCAGCUGCGCGCCGCUGGCCGAGGGGCACUGCCCGCAGAGCCGGAGGCCGGCGUCCUGGCGGCCCUGUGCGGGGCCCUCCUGCGACCCUGCACACCCCUCCCAGGAACCCGCACAGACGCCGCUGGCUACUGCACGCGUGUGAAGCACCUGUGUCUGCGCGCUGGGCCCCUGCGGGGAGAGGCGCCCCCGGCCGUGCCUCGCGGGUUACCUCGCGGCAGGCGCGCGUCCGAUGCUGCCGAGGCAAACA